AUGUCUGGCGACCUCGAACCCACCACGCAGGUGUACUACACCCACCUCCCGGCCCCCUUCCCCGCGUCUCCCGCAUUCAACUUCCAGCUCACACGCAUGAAGGACACGCUCUUCGUCUGGGUCGGCACAGGUGCUCCCGGCAGCGAUGACGCAGAUGACGACGGGCCAGACGGUCCUCAGGCAAGGGAAGAGGGCGAAGGCAACCGCCUUGCCAGCGAGUGGGCUGUCGCUAUGCCAAGUGCUGGAAACAUCCCGGCGACGGCCACCCCGAUCUUUCGCUCUGGCGCGACGGACACGGCGCUGCCUAUGGCGCAGAGGCUAGCCAAGCGCUUCCCCCCAAACCAGAUCCACCUGUCCCUCUCCCUCCCGUCAAACCUCACUGCCCCAGCGGGACCCAGCCUCGACCCAUACGCGAGCAAGGCGCUGUUGGCCAUGGAGAAGAAGCUUGGCGUGUGGCUCGCCGAGGUGCUCGCUGCCGAGGCCGCGGGGAAGCAGUAG